AUUAUUUUUUAUUAACAUUCAAUAAAAUAUGUCAAAGUGGUUCUGUCUGAAAAAAAAAUCAAAAAAACGGGCGAAAGCCAAAAAUGCUGAUACUAUAACUACCACUUCCAUUACCCCUUCAUGUUCUAAUGAUACCGAGAAACUAAACCUCACUGAAAAACGUCCGAAAAUAUGUGCUGAUGAGAUAAAUACUUUUUCUUUUGAAGAAAAGCCAAUAAACAUAAAGGUUAAAGAUUCUCAUACGAUAUCUACAUCUAUCCCCUCUUCAUUCGCAUCUGAUUUGGAAAAAUUAAAUCUCACUGAAGAACGUUUGAAACGUUAUGCUGAUGAGGCAGAUACUCUCUAUUCUGAUACAACAAUAACUUCUAAUACAGAAAAUGAAUUAAAAACUAAAGUUACAUUUUUGCGAGAAAAGGCUAUCUCCAAAACGCUCAAUAACAUCAAACUUUCAAUGAAAGUUGAUCUUUGCUUUGUUUUAGACUGCACUGGUUCUAUGAGACCUUUUAUUGCUGCUGCUAGAGAUUGUAUCUUACAGGUGACAAACUACAUUAAACAUACAAAUCCAAGCAUUGAACUUCGGGUCGGCUUUUGUGGUUAUCGAGAUCAUAUCGAUGGAGAAGGUCGUCUACUAACUUUAGAUUUUACCGACCAAUAUGAGCAAUUUACAACAUAUUUGCAAAGUGUACCUGCUUCCGGUGGUGGUGAUGCUCCAGAGGAUGUUCUCGGAGGUCUUAAUGCAGCAAUAACCAAAAUGGAUUGGAAAAAUGUUACUCGUGUUCUUCUUCAUAUUGGUGAUUAUCCACCACAUGGCAAAAAUUUUACAGAUAUGGCAGAUACUUAUCCAAAAGGUGAUCCACAUGGCCUAACCGCAGAAAAUGUCCUAGAAAAGUUGCAAUCAAAAAAUAUCCUUUACUUUUUUGGAAAAAUUACUGAUGCUACCGAAAAAAUGCUUCAAAUAUUCCGUGGUAUAAUUGGAGAAUUUCCAGUAUUUGAUCUUAUAGGAGGAGAUCCAAUUAAAUUAAUUGAAAAAUUUAUUAAAGCUACCUCAACAUCUAUUACUUAUGCUGUUUCAAUGACCAGUACUAUUGGAAGCGACUCCAAGGAUAUUUAUUCUUUACAACGAAAAAAACUUGAUAUGAAUCCAAAUGAGCCUGAUUGGAUUAUUCUUCCGUUGCAAGAAGGAAUAGUUAUGUGGUAUCCUAUUCUUGAUACUUUGAAGGAACUUAAAGACCCAAAUUAUUUCAACAAAUCGAAUCUCUUUUCUAGAAGUUUCUCCUUUAAGAUUGCUCCACAACCAUUUUCUGCAGGUGCUGAAAGAUAUGCUUACUUUGCUCUUGAUAUGGAAAGGUGUCCAGAAAAAAAAAUGGUGAUAAAAGAAUAUCUUCAUGUUGGACGAAGUGAUUCUUUUGAAAAGUAUAUUGAGGCGAUAGAAAUCUCUACAAUUGCAUCUUUUCUCUCUACAGAAUUUAAUUUGAUUGCAAAAGGAAAAAAUCUUCCCAAAGUAAAAUUUCUCAAUGUAAAACUUUUACGUUGUGGAACUAUUGACUUUAGUACUCGAUAUUAUACUAUUGAACCAAAAUUUCAUAAUAUGGAAUAUAAACGAUUUAAUGCGAAUACUGGUGUAAUUACAGAACUUCGGCCUAUUCUUGAAGCUUUUGUCCAUUUCACGUAUGAAUACACCAAAGGAUACUUGGUUGUUUGUGAUCUUCAAGGAAUUGAACUUACUAAUGAGUUCUUAUUAACUGAUCCAGCAAUACAUUGUAUUGAUUCUUUAAGAUUUGGAAGAACUAAUUUUGGCAAAGAGGGAAUCGAUCAGUUGUUCUUGGCAAAUCAUAGGUGCAAUGAUAUUUGUAAACAACUAAAAUUAAACCAUAUUAAUAAUGGAUUAUCAGAAGUUGUAGUAUAAGUCAUAUAAUAUUAUGAAUUUAUAGUUUGUAAAUUUUUUUU